AUGGAAAGCGUUAACUCACGUCCCACUUUUCGCAUUACAGAUAAUCUCAAUGAAGAUCAUGAUUUGAGUUCUCAUGCUGCAAUCAACUACGAGUGGGAGGAGGAGGAUGAGGUGGAGCGCAACACAAAAAUACAGGAACUAAUGUUGCGCAUACGCUCUUGGGCGCGUUCCUUAGUACUAAAUACAGAUGAUGAGUCCGGCAAUCCCCAUGACAUCAAGUCGAGUUAUGAAGAUGAACAUAGCUUUGCAGAUUCGGAAUAUAUAAAUAUGAAAAAGCUAUCACAAUGCCAUAAUACAGCCGAUGAACGAAGCACCGACGGCGAAUGUACACUCUCGGACAUCGAAAGCUCGACCAACGACAAAUCCAAAGCGGUUGUGACGCGCGUAGUGGCUCAACAAAAGUCGAAAGAACGACGUAAGCGUGAGCGGCUAAUAAAACGUAGUGGCUUGCUGAUAUUUUGGCUAUUCGCUGCAGUGGUUUUGAUGAUAUUCGACGAGAAGCAUUUGCUGGAGAAGACAUUGGAAGUGCCGUGGAAUAAAACGAAAAACUUUGUGCUGCCGCAAAAUCCCACCGGUGACUUCAAACUCAAAAUCUUCGGCACUUUCAAUGAGACCAUGAGAAUGUAUCACCAUGACGAUGAUGGAAAAUUUCUGUUUGUGCAACCACAGUUGUCCUACCAUGACAAAGUGAAUAAUCGAAAGGAUUAUAAGAACAUUCUGCAACCCUGGCUAAUACCAAUCGUUGCGGAAACGCUCUUCGAAGUCGCGCCGGUCGUUUGGCGUAAUCAAACAUACGAAAUGCCGGAAAAUAUUUUGCGUAAGCUAAAAAAGCCCGGCGCGCAGAUGCGUCUGAGCAUGUACACUAAUGCGGAGAAGGACUUCGCCGUAGAAUUGGUCUACAAUCCAUUGAUAAUCAAUAAAAAGACUGGCACGCUGCUCGCUUCGGGUAUUUUAUUGAUCUUCUAUGCGUUGCUCGUGUGGGAGGUCUUCCAGCGCACCUUUGUGGCCAUCAUUUGCUCUAUACUCUCCGUCGCUGUGUUGGCCUGCUUCGACGAUCGCCCAAAUAUGGAGGAGAUCAUCGAAUGGAUGGAUAUGGAGAUGUUAACGCUGCUAUUUUCUAUGAUGAUUAUAGUUGGCAUCUUAGCAGAGACGGGUGUUUUCGAUUACAUAGCCGUGUUGGCAUUUGAGAUAUCGGGCGGUAAAAUUUGGCCUAUGAUAUAUUUUCUAUGCUUUAUAACUUGCUUUGUAUCGAGUUUCCUGGAUAAUGUGACUACAGUUAUUCUGAUGACGCCGGUGGCGAUUCGACUCUGUGAGGUCAUGAGCUUGGAUCCAGUUCCGGUCCUGUUGGGCAUUAUUGUGCAAUCGAAUAUUGGCGGCUCGUUGACACCCAUUGGUGAUCCAAUUUCGAUAAUCAUUUGCUCGAAUCACUUCUUUACGAAAAAUGUAAGUGAAAAAAAAACAUUAAUAGAAAGCUAUGAUUUGAACCAGUUUACAAUAAAAUAAGAUGAAAAUACACCGAGUUAAAUAUCAAUAGCGAUGCCG